AUGAUGGUUAUCAAGCACUGUCCUUUGGUCGACAUCCCCGACACAUUCAAUGAAUUUCAUCAACUCAUCAGUGUCAAAGUUUAUAACUCGACAAUAGUCGAGUGGAGAGAAUCUGCUGCAAUUACGAAUACGAACCACCCGGCAUUUUUGUCUCUAAUGCUCGUUCGAACGAAUAUGACAAAUGGAGAAUUACCUGCAGGCUUCCAAUCUAGUGAUCCACCGCUCAAUUUGUAUGACUAUGAGUUUUGCAUUACCAAUCUUCGUGAAGUGCCUGACGAUCUCGACGUAAAGUGGCUUACGGGAUCAUACGUUAUCAUCGAAUACAGUCAACUACAAACCGUACCACAAGCUCUAUUACGCAUAAUGCCGCCUUAUUUCUCUCUAAUUGGCAACCCUAUCAGCGAACUUCCUCCUGAGAUUUUUGAGAUCGAAGGUUUAACAGAUUUGGGUAUCGGCGACACAAAUAUUCGAGAACUUCCUCAUAAUGUGACACAACUCUCAUUGACGCUCACUUCUAUAUACGUGGAGGGAACGAGUAUUUCCUACUUUUGGUCGUGGACAGAUGAAAUUCUCGGACGGGAGAGUGUUCGUAAUGUGCCGCGAGCGAUUUAUGCUGGCAACACUGUUUAUUGUGGCGAUCUGGAGAAGAUUCUGACUAAAUCAGCCAAUUCCUUCGGUGCCGUGCCGAAUCCGGAUUAUUCGUCCCGACUUAUGGAUCCGGUGGAAGCUGGUUUGGAGGGGAAUAUCUGGUCAUUUGUGGACUGCAAUCCUGCUGUAAGUGGUAUCAGCGGGCCGCUCUAUCCAUUAGCAGCGGAGGAUCACCAGAGUGGAAUUCGUAGUUAA